AUGGCUCCAUCGGCUAUCAGCGAUCUUCUGCCCUCGGGGCCGUUGGCCUCGAAAUCGGUCAAGCCAGCGGACCAGAUUCAACACGUCCACGGCCUGGAAGACACGAGACCCAUUCAGGCCAUCUCCCACGGCGACGUGGCUCUCCCCGGUGUUCCCACUUUUACCGAUAUGGCUGCCAAGCGUCAAUGGCAACUCGAGCACAUGGCAGCGGCCUUCCGCCACUGGGCGCGCGAGGGUUAUGUCGAGGGUAUCUCAGGGCACAUUAGCGUCAGAGACCCCGAACACGAGGAUGUUUUCUGGACAAAUCCCCUCGGUGUACACUUCGGCCUAAUGAAGGCAAGCGACAUGAUCGCCGUCAACUUUGACGGCAAGGUCGUCGGCGGCAACCGCACUCGCCCCCCCAACCACGCGGGCUUUUUGAUCCACAGCGAAGUCCACAAGGCUCGCCCAGACGUGCACGCCGUCUGCCACGCGCACACCGUCUACGGCAAGGCGUGGAGCGUGUUUGGCAAGCCCCUUGAAAUGCUCACUCAGGACUCGUGCAAGUUCUACAAGGCGCACAGCGUGUACAACUCGUUCGGCGGUGUCGUGCUGGCCAGCGAAGAGGGCGCCCAGAUCGCCAAAGCCCUCGGCCCGACCAACAAGGCCGCCAUCCUGCGAAACCACGGUCUCCUGACGGUCGGCAAGACGGUCGACGAGGCUGCGUUUUUGUUCCUGUCGAUGGAGCACGCGUGCCAGGGCCAGUUGCUCGCCGAGGCCGCGUCCCAAGGCGGAAACAUCCCCAAGGUCCUGAUCGACGAGGAAGAGGCCGCAUACACCGCCAAGAUGGAGAGCGAUCCGGACACCUCCUACGCCGAGUUCCAGGUCUACUACGAUUGGGAGGACUACCACUCCAAGGGAGACUUCAAGAACUGA